CCUGUCCUCACCUCCUGAAUCUCCCUCCUCACCUCUCCUGAAUCCUCUCUACUGACACCAUGGGGUGUUGUGGCUGUGGUGGCUGUGGUGGCUGUGGCGGCUGUGGUGGCUGUGGUGGCUGUGGUGGCUGUGGUAGCUGUGGUGGCUGUGGUGGUGGCUGUGGUGGCUGUGGCGGCUGUGGCAGCUGUGGUGGCUGCAGCAGCUGCACCAGCUGCAGGUGCUACCGGGUAGGCUGCUGCUCUGGAUGCUGCCCCUGUUGCCGAGGCUGCUGUGGGGGCUGCUGCAGUACCCCCAUGGUCUGCUGCCGCCGCCGCACCUGCUGCUGCAGACCCUCUUGCUGCAGCUGUGGCUGUGGCUGUGGGAAGGGCUGCUGCCAGCAGAAGGGCUGCUGCCAGCAGAAGUGCUGCUGCCAGAAGCAGUGCUGCUGCUAGGUGCCUGGUGCUAGGUGUUGGGCUCUAGGUGCUGCUUGCUUUCAUAGUUCAGGCUCCUUCAACCAUCUGUCUGCUCCCCUCUCUUCCACUCUCCCACCUGAAUUUCCUGGAAAUGGUCUCUCUGGUUGAGUCUGGGAGCCUGUACCCAUCUUGAGAGUGAUGGCAGGAGCCCAAGGUCCCCAGUGCAGUGCAGAAUGGGGAGACCAUCUUCCUCAUUCACCUCUGGCUUGGUGGCUCCCUGGCAGAUGGUGACAGUUCAUACCCUGGGGGAAGCUGGCCUCCCUGCCUGGGUGCAGUGUGAGGGGCCAGCUCCCUCAGUCUGUCCCUGCCUUCAGUCCCCUGCCCUGCUGCCCUGCUGUGUGACAUUUGUCUCUUGGUCUCUGUGUCGACCUUGUUUUUAUGCUCGUUUCUGUAAGCUUUGAUGAGACCCCGGAGAGUGUCCAAAGCAACAGGAAUACUUAGAGCAAAGGUGUGAGCACCUCCGAGCACCUGAACAAGAGUCCACAGCUGUGGUCUCUGACCAGCUGCUUGAGACCCUGGAUAUUUUAUUCUGCAGCACGUGUUCCCUGCCUCUGUCUACUGAUGCCUGCCUUUCCAGUCUCUGUCCAGCGGAUUCCUGACAGCUCCAUUGCUGGUUUGUAUUUCUAAUUUCUCAUCAAUAUCUAAUAAACUAUUCUACACUUUAAAAAAAA